CUUCGCGCUCUCGGCGUUGAUUUGAAUGAUUUGCGCCGGAAAGAUCCCAUGGAGCAGCUCGCUCUUGCUGAAAAACAAGGAAUCGGACUGCUUGUUGAUGUCAUGUCCAAAACCGAGGAUGUAGACUCUGAUUCUGACUCAUCUGUUGACGAAGAUACAAAGGCUCGGCGGCAUCAUCAAAGGGCAGUUCGCGGCGAAGCGAGGGCCACCGCUUGGGACGCCGUGAAGGCAUAUUCGAACCCUCCGCAGGUGAACCCUAACGAUAACGACUGGCAAUCGCUCAUGGACGACUCCUGGAACGAGUUCAUGAGCAAUGUCAAGGAUAAACAAGCUAGGAAAACUUCCGCGCGCAUGUUCCGUCUCAGGGGCUUGGGAUUAUUCACAGAAGCUGAGGUGACCCAAUGGCUGCUCGACGCAGACGACAGCGCGCAGAAAAACGGGUACUUUGGUUACCAGCCUCCGUCACGGAAAACGGUCAAAUCCAUUAUUCGCUCGAUUGCUGACAACAAGGUGCAGCAGUUUGGCGCCGCUGACAGCGAUGAAGAGGAGGAAGAGGCUGAGCUGAACCAGCUCAUCGAGAUGACUCGGGACAUCAAAGAUAAUGCUAUUGGAAAGAUGCAAAGGUACAUACAACGCGAAAUCACCUGGCAACAACAGACGCUUGCCUGGCAGCAACGCGUCACCGCUGCAACAGAGAAGAUGGAAGAGGAACUGAUGAUGACGCACCAGACCAUGAGUGACCUCAGGAAAAAGUCAACCGCUUACGGCGUUGGCGAGCUCGCCGGAGAGGAGCCCGUCGAUCAUGCUGUUGUGCGUGAGCGCAUGUGGGCGACCUUGCAAGCCAAGCGCGCUCUACGGGAAGCCCUGCUUCACGCACCAGGCGGUGGUCUCGGAAGUGCUGCGCUGGAGAUCCUCGUUGGCAAGGAUAACACUCCAAUGGGUCGCAGCACGGAGGAGCCUGAGAGUGUUGAAGAGUCACUCGCUUCUGAAAGGGAAUCGGAUCCUGAAUCUGAAACUGAACAAAGCAUCGCACCCAGCACCGCCAGUGGGCGUGGUGCGGGUGGCAAAAAGAAUAAAGGUAAAGCCGCAAGUGAGGGUGAACGCACGACAACCACCUCAUCUAUGCGGCGCCACCGCGUGGCCAAAAAGGAGAAGGCUGCAAAAAAGUCGAAAUACGAUUUCGAUUGACAUCCCGAACCUUGGCCAGCGGCUCCCUCAAUGCGCCCUGCAAGGAACCCAAAAAUCCGCAGAGGAAAUGCUUGAUAUAGGGCAUAUGGUCUACAAGUAUUCGCACGGUUCAUUGGAAACAUUUGUAAUAAAAAGUUAGUCUGUUUUUC